GGAGGAGGCCUGCAGGAAAAGUUUGGCUCAACUUGUGUGAAACUUUUCUGUGUCAUUCAACACCAAAGCGCCGGAGAGGACGGCGCUCACUCCGCGGCGCGCAGCAGGGCAUCAAACCACACACAGCGAGAUGGAUCGAGUGCUACUUCUUUCCCUACUGGUGCUUAUCGACGCGUUGCUAUGGCAAUGCUGCCAUACCCAGCAGAGAGGGCUGUUCCCAGCGGUGCUGAAUCUGGCUACAAUGGCAGACAUAACAACUAACGCUACCUGUGGCACAAAUGGACCAGAGAUGUUCUGUAAGCUGGUGGAACAUGUUCCUGGUCAGCCUGUGAGGAACCCGCAGUGUCAGAUCUGCAACCAACAGGGCACAAACACAUUUGAGCAUCAUCCUAUUGAAUAUGCCAUAGAUGGAACCAACCGUUGGUGGCAAAGUCCUUCUAUUAUGAAUGGGAUGGAAUACCACUAUGUGACAGUCACACUGGACUUGAAACAGGUUUUCCAGGUUGCUUAUGUGAUAAUAAAGGCAGCCAACUCGCCUCGUCCAGGUAAUUGGAUCUUGGAGCGCUCAAUAGAUGGCGUGACCUUUGAACCUUGGCAGUACUACGCGAUCACAGACACGGAGUGUCUGACGAGGUUCAACAUAAAUCCACGGACUGGACCGCCGUCCUACACCAGAGAUGAUGAAGUGAUCUGCACGUCGUUUUAUUCAAAGGUUCAUCCGCUGGAGAACGGAGAGAUCCACACGUCUCUGAUCAAUGGGCGACCCAGUGCAGAUAACCCCUCUCCCACCCUGCUAAACUUCACCUCUGCCCGCUACAUCAGGCUGGUGUUCCAGCGAAUACGAACGCUGAACGCUGACCUCAUGACUCUGACACUUAGUGACCCCAGAGACAUCGAUCCCAUUGUGACAAGACGGUACUAUUAUUCCAUUAAGGACAUCUCGGUUGGAGGAAUGUGCAUCUGUUAUGGCCACGCCAAAGCCUGUCCACUCAACCCUGCUACGAAGAAGUUCAGCUGUGAAUGUGAGCACAACACAUGCGGGGAGAGCUGCGAUCACUGUUGCCCGGGUUACCACCAGCAGCCAUGGAUGGCGGGAACCUUCCUCACUCGACACGUCUGUGAGAAGUGCAACUGCAAUAAUAAGGCAGAGGAGUGCUAUUUUAAUCAGACCGUGGCUGACCUGUCCCUAAGCCUCGACACUCACAGUCAGUACCGAGGCGGUGGCGUCUGUAUUGGUUGCCGUGACAACACAGCUGGAAUCAACUGUCAAAGCUGCGUUCCUGGUUACUACAGACCUAGAGAGUUGGGUGCAGAUGAAGAGGACCCCUGUGUCCCUUGCUCUUGUGAUCCACAUGGUUCUAUCAGUCAGACUUGUGUUGCAGAUGAAAGCCAAGCUUCGCCCGGUCAGCCAGCAGGGUCAUGCUGGUGUAAGGAAGGUUUCGGGGGUCUGCGAUGCGACAGAUGCGCUGUUGGCUAUAAAGACUACCCAACCUGUGAGCGCUGUAAUUGCAGAGUGGAAGGAAGCGUCAACGCUGACCCAUGUGUAACACCGUGUAUAUGCAAGGAAAAUGUUGAAGGAGAGAACUGUGAUCGGUGUAAACUUGGUUUCUACAAUCUGCAACAAGAUAAUCGACGUGGCUGUGAGAAGUGUUUCUGUAUGGGUAUCGCAAGCCAGUGCUCUUCUUCAACAUGGAACUUUGAGAAUGUGAGCACUCUUGCUGGCUGGCAUCCAGUUGGAGAGACAGGAGGGAGGGUGUGGUCUGUUCACAGAGAGACGCCUUCAUAUCUGACCAUCAGACACUCGGAUGUUGUGAACGAUCUUGGCUCCGCCUACUACUGGAACGCACCUGAGAUAUAUCUUGGAAACAAGGUUGCAGCCUAUGGAGGUGAUGUGACGUUCACGGUGUCAUACGAGACAAACCAACAGGAGCAGGUGGCCAUCAGAGUCACCUCAGAGCCCGACCUCAUCAUAGAGGGAGGUGGAAUGAAGCUUAUAGACAACAGGUUUGGCCAGCCAGUGUAUCCGUCGUCUGCCAGCACCAAACACGUUGUUCUCCUUCCUGAGAACUUUCUGGUUUCGGAGACGGGGCAGACGAUCAGCAGGAGAGAUUUCCUGUUGGUGCUGGCCAACAUGACGAGUUUAAUGGUGCGGGCCUCAUACAGCACGGAAACCAGCGCUGUCUACAGGCUCCACUCAUUCUCAAUGCAGGUGGCAAAUCCUUUGGCCACUGGAAAGAGAGCAUCAGCUGUAGAAAAGUGUGCCUGUCCCCCUGGAUAUGGAGGAUUAUCCUGUGAGACGUGCCGUCCUGGUUUUCGGCGAGUCCACGGUAAACUGUAUAACGGUGUGUGUGAGCCAUGCCGYUGUCAUAGACACAGYUCAGAUUGCCAUGAGUUCACAGGACAUUGCCUGGACUGCACCCACCAUACUACUGGCCACCACUGUGACACCUGCCUACCUGGUUACUACGGCAACGCCACCCAUGGGACACCUCAGGACUGUCAGCCAUGUGCCUGCCCACUUAAUCUUCCCAGCAACAACUUCAGCCCCACAUGCCACCUUGGUGACAAAGGAGAGCUGCUCUGUGAUCGGUGUCAGCCUGGAUAUACAGGGCCAAGAUGCGACAGCUGUUCCAAUGGGUACUACGGCCAGCCUGCUGUACCCGGAGGAUCCUGCCAACUCUGCACUUGCAAUGGCAAUCUGGACUUCUCCAUACCCAAUAGCUGCGAUGCGAUCACAGGCCAGUGUUUGAGGUGUCGUCAAGGUUACGAUGGUGUGACUUGUGACAGCUGCGCUGAAGGCUACUAUGGGGAUGCCAUGACAUUAAAAAACUGCCAACGAUUGGUCCAGCCUAACUGCUGGUGGGAUGCUGAGCUGCAGGAGUGUAUGCCCUGUCGCUGCAGUCCUUAUGGCUCCAUCUCUCAGCGCUGCGACACUGAGGGCCGCUGCAUCUGCCGCCCCGGCUUCAUGGGCCGACGCUGUGACCUUCGUCGCCUAGGUUACGAGAGGCGGGAGACACGGCGCCCCAUAGAGCGUGUUCCCCUGGAAGCUGUGCAGCAGAGGUGGGGGGGAACCUCCCGCACAACAGGGGGCUGUCCCAGGGGAGCGUACAGACCUCAGACAGGGGUAACACACCCUGAAUGUGGAUGGCAGUGGAUGUGUUUGAAGCAUCAUGGGUGUUUYCCACAGUGCAUCCAGUGCGAGUGCAGCGUCGCAGGAUCGGACAGCCAGACCUGUGACAUGGAGAGAGGAGUGUGUGGCUGUGCAGACCGAACAGGAAAAUGUAACUGCAAGCAAAAUGUGGAWGGGCACAACUGUGAUCGCUGUAAAACAGAUAUGUUUGGCUUAUCUGUGAAAAAUCCACUUGGCUGCAGCAAGUGCUACUGCUACGGACUGACUCACUCAUGCAUGGAGGCACAAGGACUUAUAAGGAUGUGGUUGACACUGAGGCCAGAACAGACAGUGCUCCCCCUGGUGGACAAAUCCAACACUGUGGAGAAGAGGGCAGGAGUGAGCUUCCAGCACCCAGAGAUACUGGCUCACGCAGAAGUGGUCACAACAACUCUGUCUGAACCGUACUACUGGAAACUGCCGGAGCAGUUCACAGGCUCUAUGAUCACAGCCUUCGGAGGACAACUGAAAUACGCCRUGUACUACGAGGCCAGAGACGAAACCGGCCCUUCAUCAUACGAGCCUCAGGUCAUUAUUAAAGGUGGUCCAAACCACAACAUCAUAAUAACACGGCACAUCCCAGGACUUCAGAUCGGUCAACUCACCCGUCACGAGAUCGACAUGACAGAGCAUGAAUGGAAGUACGCAGAUGGCCGGUCUGUGAGUCGAGAGGACUUCAUGGACGUUUUGUUCUAUGUGGACUACAUCCUGAUUAAGGCUUCACAUGGCAAUCUGAUGAGACAUAGCCGUAUUUCAGAGAUCAGCUUAACAGUCGCAGAGGAAGGAACACCGACGGAGCAAAACGAGAAAGCCCAUCAGAUAGAAAAAUGUGACUGUCCAACUGGAUACUCUGGGCUUUCUUGUGAGGAGUGUGCUGCAGGUUUCUAUCGGCUCCGCGCCGGGUCGUCKGUUUCUGUUCCAGCGUCCAGGCUGCCGACAGCUGCCGGCAUGGGCAGCUGUGUCCAGUGUCAGUGCAGUGGGCAUUCCUCCACUUGUGACCCUGAGACAUCCAUAUGCCAGAACUGUCAAGACAACACGGAGGGCGAUCACUGUGARCGCUGCGCUCCGGGUUUCUACGGUGUGGUYCGAGGUUCUCCAGAUGACUGCAAACGUUGCGCCUGCCCCCUUUCCAAUCCAGAGAAUAAUUUCAGCCCUACAUGUGUGGCAGAAGGUUUCAGCGACCACCGCUGUACCUCCUGUGCUGAGGGAUAUGAGGGAAAAUACUGUGAAAGGUGUGCCACUGGUUACCACGGUAACCCAAGGAUGCCAGGUGGUCGCUGUGAGGAGUCCUGUGACGAUGARUGCUCAGGUUUGCUGAUAAGCGACAUGGACCGUCUCUAUCGCAUCAUCACUGAUGUCACACUGACCACACCCCUCCCACCACCUUAUAAAGCUUUGUACCGCUUUGAAAACAUGACAGAGGAGCUCAAGCACAUGUUAUCGCCUCACAAAGCUCCGGAGAGAUUACUGCAACUGGCCGACUCCAACCUGGGAUCACUGGUCGUUGAGAUGGACCAGCUGCACAGCAGGGCAACUAAGGUGUCUGCUGAUGGAGAGCAGGUGGAGGACGAUGCGGACAGGAUUCAUAAACGAGCCGAGGACCUGGAGCAGUUCAUCAGAGACACGCUGCUGGGAGCGAAAGACCUCCAAACCAAGGCAGCUGAGUUGAACAAGACCCUCUCGCGGAAAGAUGGAGCUCCAGACAAAAGCCUUAGCGAGAUGAAGGAGGAGAUCCAGGCAAUGCUAGCUGAGAUGAGAAAACGGCAGCUGGGAGGGAUGAAAAGCAUUGCAGAGGAAGAGAAGGAUCUAGCAGAAGAGCUGUAUCAGAAAGUCAAAAGGAUGUUUGGUGACCCUCAUCAGGCCACUGAAGACUUGAAAGCAGAGAUUAAAGAGAAGCUGUCUGAUCAUGAGGAGAAGCUCCAGGAGGCUCAGGAUUUACUGAACUCUGCCCAGGGAAAGGCGAGGCAGGCUGGCUCGCUGGCGGAGCAAAACAAAGCCAACCUCACCGCUCUGCAGGUGCAGCCCAACUCAAACAUGCAUAAGAAUCAGGACAUAAUUGUCUGUCAGACUGCUUUGGGUCCUGAUGUCCCUGUAAAGGAAGCAGCUCAGAAUGCCCUCCAGAAGAGCCAAAUACUGCUGAACAAAGCCAAACAACUUCAGAAUGAUGUUAAAGAAAAUGCAGAUGAUGUGGCUGGACUAAAGGCCAGAGUUAAAGCAGCUAAAGACAAAACCAAAGGCCUUCUAACAGCUGUUAAUGGAACCCUGGCGACACUCAGAGCGAUCCCCAAUGAUACGUCUGCUAAACUAGCAGCUACAAAAGCAGUAGCAGCUGAUGCCAACGCUACAGCCGUAGACGUCCUGGAGCGCCUGGCGGACCUGAACCUGCGCCUUGGAGGCCUGCAGCUGAACAGCAGCAAGCUGGAGGACGACGUCAACGCAGCCAAUCGGAUGAUCCAGGACCCUGAAAAAAACACAAUCAUCCAUGCUGCUGGAGCCAAAGUAAAGGAUUUGGAGGAUGAAGCCGACAGACUGCUGGAGAAGCUGCAACCGAUAAAAGAGCUUCAAGACAAUUUGAGGCGCAACAUCUCACAAAUAAAGGAGCUGAUCAACCAGGCCAGGAAGCAAGCAAAUUCRAUCAAAGUCUCAGUUUCAUCAGGUGGUGACUGCCUCCGCAGUUAUCGCCCCGACAUCAGAAAAGGGAGGUACAACACCAUCAUCCUUCAUGUUAAAACCACCACACCUGAUAACCUCCUCUUUUACCUGGGAUCUGCCAAAUAUGUUGAUUUCUUGGCCUUGGAAAUGCGCAAGGGGAAGGUGAAUUUCCUUUGGGAUGUGGGUUCGGGUGUGGGAAGGGUUGAAUAUCCCCAUCACACAAUCAACGAUGGGAAYUGGCACCGGAUAGAAGCGUCUCGUAAUGGUCUAAAUGGCACCAUAUCAGUAUAUCCYUUGGAAGGCCCUAUGGCUGGCAUGAUGCCAACCCCAGCCAGUGCCAACUCACCUAAAGCUUUCACCAUCUUAGACGUCGACCAGAAGGCCUACCUGUUUGUUGGAGGAAUUUUGGGCACUGCAAAGAAAGCAGAAGCAGUCAGAGCAUCAACAUUUAUAGGCUGCAUGGGCGAAACCUUCUUGGACGGUAAACCUAUCGGUCUGUGGAACUACAGAGAGAGAGAGGGAGACUGUAAAGGUUGUGUUGUCAGUCCUCAGCGAACUGAUGGUGAGGGGACGGUCCAGCUGGACGGUGAAGGCUACGCUGCAGUAGGACGCCCCACAAGGUGGAACCCAAAUGUUUCCAUCAUCACCUUCAAGUUUCGCACUUUCUCUUCUGACGCGCUGCUCAUGUAUCUGUCCACUGAAGACAUGAAGGACUUUAUGUCUCUUGAGCUGUCAGAAGGAAAAGUGAAGGUGAAUUUUGACCUGGGAUCAGGAGUUGGAAGAGCCCUAUCAGCUAAACGCCACAAUGAUGGACGCUGGAAAGCUCUCACYGUGUCGAGGAACAAGAAACAGGCCACUGUGAUUGUUGUGGACAUCGAUGAUGGUGCUGAAGAAAAGAUUGUGGCCGUAUCUCAGGGCUCGGCCACUGGUCUGAACCUGAAGGAAAACCAGAAAAUCUAUUUUGGUGGUCUGCCAACGAUCGGAAACUACAGGUCAGAGGUGAAUCUGAAGAGGUAUGCAGGUUGUCUCAGAGACAUUGAAGUCUCCAGAACUCCAUACAAUCUGCUCAGCAGCACCGACUAUACAGGGGUCACUAAAGGAUGUAAUGUCGAGAACCUGCACACAGUGAGUUUCAGUAAGCCAGGAUACAUGGAGCUGGGUGGCCUGUCUCUYGAGRUCGGCACUGAGAUCAGCUUGUCCUUCAGCACUCUGUCGGACUCUGGGAUUAUACUGCUGGCAGUGGGAGGGGCUUCACCCAUCAGCCCAUCACAGGUUCGCAGGCCAAACUUAAGUUCCAAGAGAAGACGAAGGCAGUCGGGGGAGGGAUGCAUAUGGAACCUCAUGGUCAAUUCAGUUCUUUCAGAUUUCUCCAGGCCCGUUUCCUUUGAAAAUGCUGAAAUUGGCCAGUGUCCAAACCUCGCUCCACCUCCGCCUCCUCCUCCCGUACCAGAAGAGGAGGAAACCGAGGAGAAGARGAUGGACUCAAAACCAGUCCGUCCUCCAGUCACCCCGGCUCCUCCCAAACCUCGCCCUGCUCGCCCAGACGAGGCCACGCCCCCCGCCCCAGCUGCUGCCACAUCCACCCCGCCUGCAGCUGUAGCGCCACCCACUGCUAAACCGGAUCCUGGCUCAGACGUGGACUCAUGUGCAUCAGCUGUGGCCCCGACGUCUCUUGAAAAGGCAUAUCAGUUUGGACUGACCAGAAACAGUCACAUGACCUUCGCCUUUGAUGACACCAAAGUCAGAGAGAGGCUGAUUUUGGAGUUCGAGCUGAGGACCAAGGAGCUUUCUGGUCUUGUGCUCUACAUGGCAAGAAUAAACCAUGCAGAUUUUGUUUCUAUACAGAUCAAGGAGGGACAAGCCUGUCUUGGAUUUGAUCUUGGUCAUGGAAAUAUCUCUGACUGUGUUCCUUUCUCUAUUAAUGAUGGUAACUGGCACAAGAUCCGUGUGCAGCGCACUAAGCAGAGAGGUGUGCUAGCAGUUGAGGGUCGAUACAUGAAACAGAUGUUCAGCCCAAAAACGGCGGACCUUUUAGAUGUGGUUGGAAAGGUGUAUGUUGGUGGAUUACCGCAGAACUACACCACCAAGAGAAUCGGCCCAAUUCUCUAUAGCAUCAAUGGAUGCAUCCGUAACUUUACGAUGGGUGGAAGUCCAGUGAGCACCAAGUCAGCUGUAACCGGUCGUACUGAAGUGGUUAGUGAGGACUUUAAACUGGACAUGGCUGCACCGACCUCCAGUUACAUGGUUGGAAGGUGUUUCGUAUCAACAGAAACGGGAACCUAUUUCGACGGCACUGGCUAUCUGAAAGCUGUUUCYUCCUAUAGGGUGGGUCUGGAUGUGUCGAUUGCAUUCGAGUUUCGAACCAGCAAAACCAGCGGAGUCCUUUUGGCAGUCAGUAACCAAGCCAAUGAUGGACUCGGUUUGGAGAUCGUCGAUGGCGAGCUCCUUUUCCAUGUCGACAACGGAGCUGGCCGAAUCACUGCAAAGCAUGUGCCUGAAGGCAGGAGCUUCUGUGACGGCCAGUGGCACAGUGUCACUGCCAACAAGCUUCGCCACCGGCUGGAGCUGGUGGUGGAUGGAGUAAAGAGCCAAGCACAGUCUCCCAACGCUCGCUCCAACACCUGCGAUACCAACGAUCCCAUCUAUGUUGGAGGAUAUCCUGCUGGAGUUCGCCAGGCAGCUCUUUCUACCCGCUCAUCCUUUAGAGGUUGUAUGAAGAACCUGAAGAUCACGAAGGCAUCGAAGACCAUGGAUGUGCAGUUCAAUAAGGCUCUGGAGAUUAAAGGAGUCCAGCCACUGUCCUGUCCUGCCGGAGCUGCCUAACACUACCCUAAUCUAUAAACCAGUUUCAACAAUGAGAGGGAAACACAGAUCUGCAGCAAACUUCAUGCUUUAAAAAACCAAAAGCUGUUMAACCUCCAAUAGAUCUAUAAUUAAAGUCCCACAAACAUUUAUCCUGUGUGUCAUUUCUUGGCAUCAGGAUCCCUGUUACAGUUUGCAAUAUUAGGGGAGGAAAUACACAAUGUUGCUUAGUCAAAUUAUAUGAAUGUUUCGCGUCUCUCUACAUGAACAACUAUUUGCAUGUCAGUAUUUGAUUCCCCAUACAAACAGAACUUCUAAAGAAUGAUCAUGGAUGAGUUUUUCAUCAUAAUAGUGGYGCAAGACAUACAUAUUUUCUAAUCUCACCAUAUAUGUAAGGUAACUGGAACUUAGUUGCUUGKAUUUCAUGGCUAGGCUAUCGAAAAAUUGAUUGCUUCCCAGAAAACAUUUGAUUAUUCCUGUCUGUGAAAGAAAAACCAUGCAUGGCUMWRAGAAUGUUUUACCAAUAAAAUCAGAAAACUUGGGUUUGUAUUAAGCUGUUAACUUUAAAUAAAGUAGUGCCACCAAUUGC